AUGAGGCCUGCUAUUCGUAUUGGCACUGGAUGUCUUGCCCCUGGCUUAUCUCAGGAUCAUAUUGGUAGGAGUGGAGAAGGUCUGUGAGGUGCUGGGUCAGAUUAUUGGACCUAAAACUUUUGUUGGAAAAGGCAUUGCCCCGGAGGAAGGCAUGAGAGAGGCACUGGAACAGCCGCUCUGACUCACAGGGUUUGCACUUGAACCCAAAGAAUUAUUUCUAUGAACUCUAUUAUUACAAACCUGAUCACCUUCUCUGAACCUUCAAGCCAAUCUUCUGUCAUUUCAAAUAGUUCUUUUUUUUGUCGGAGAUUUAGAAACAAAAUCCUAAGUUUACAAAAUACAAAAAUAAACUUCGCUAUGCAUUUAUGGAAAACGACCAGUUCAAAUAAAAUACAUCGUUGGAAUUCUCUUGGCGUUUCGGCCCCACGAGCUCAUCACAUGAGAGAUGGAUUCGAACGAUAUAGAGAACUUAGAUAGAUCGCCCUCACAAGAACAUCGACGGACAUAUAUGGGUUUUUUCAUUCUUUUUGUUUCCCUUUUCUGUCACGAUGUAUCGUCUGCUGCUUUUGUAAACUAUUUUAUAUUUUCUAAUGGUUUGUAGUAUUUUUUCGGUCGAUCGACUGAAAUCCGUCAAUAUGAGCGUCUACCCGUUUGCCGUCCCCAAGGGAAUCAAGCUUUUGUGCGAGCUCUGCCAAAAGUCUGCCAACCUCGUCUGCACUAAUUGUAAAGUGACUUAUUAUUGUUGUUCCGGCCACCAAACGUCGGACAAGGAGAGUGUCCAUUCUUGUAUCUGUGACAAUCUCGCCAAAGUCAGACAACCUGAGAAAUAUGGAAUUUCCGAAGAACAACGUCAAAAACGCAAAGAAGAAAUUCGGCAGCUGAAUAUUGAGAUAAUUCAAACUGCCACCACUAGAGCGCACCACCUGUUGUUUCAAGGAUUACACGAACAGGCCCUGCCCGCAGCCUUGCAUUCGGUUAAAUUUUGUAUGGAAAUUUAUGGACCGCAAAGUAUUGAACUCAUUCCUUCCUACCUCUGUCUUGGAGAGGCUUGUAUUGGUUUAGGAAGACUUGCUGAUGCCGAGCAGUAUCUCUCUCAAGCAAACUGGAUUGCUUUGACAAACCCCAAGUGUCCCAGUUCCAUCUUGUACAACCUUCAUCGCAAUCUCGGCCUACUCUAUGCUGCCAAAGGGGAUUAUGCAGAAGCUGCUCGUCAUUUUGCUGAUGAUAUUUACCAUGCAUCAGAAGAAUAUGGCACAGAUUCCUUGAAAACAUCCGGGGGUUACUACCACAUGGCCAAUGUUUUCUUCCGACAGAGCAAAAUGGAUAUUGCAAUGUCACUCUACAGACAGGUGACCAAAAUUUGGCACAACUACUUGUUAGAAAUUGCUUCCGACAAGAUAAAGAAAUUGUCCAGUCCCAAGACAUUAGCAGCUGUUAAUCUAACAUCAGAACACAGAACCGGACUCGAUGAAACAGAUGAAGCAGAAGGUAUCCAGGUUUUGAGUACCAUUUUCGAUAUCUGGGAAUCUAGCCACAAGAAACACUCAAAAGAUUUAGCUGAGUCCAGCCUUGCAUUAGCCAUGUUGUUCUACUGCCUCGAACAAUAUGACAAGGCAAAGAAAUUCUGCAACAAGGCAUACCAAGUUUGCGAAGACAAAGAAUAUACUGAGAUCAUCCUUAAGUUUCUGAAUUCCAGUAAAGAACUCUCUCCAUAAUUUGUUCACCAUUGAACAAUUCCUAUCAUAGUAGGUGCAUUAGGUAUGAUAAAAAAAUAUUCAGACGAAUUCAUAACAAAAACACCAGGACUAACAAGAAUAUAUAACAUACAGAAAAUAGCACCACUAGGCACCGCACACAUCCUACGUAAAACACUUUCAAUACAUUGAAAAUAAGAGCAUCACAACAAACCACAGCACAUGCCCAAGGCACACAGAGCUGUGCUCGGUAGUGUAGUGAAAGCACAUGAUAAGAAUAAGACGACUGAAUAAUAAUAAUAAUAAUGAUAGUAAUAAUCUUUUCUACUUUAGGCACAAGGCCUGAAGUUUGGGGGAGGGGACAAGUCGAUUACAUCGAUCCCAGAAUUUCAUUGAUAUUUAAUUUAUCACAGGUAAGUACCGCACAUACAUUACAUGAAGUACAUUCAAUACAGCAAAAAUAACACAACACGAACAAAACACUGUAUUUAACCAAGGCACACAAAGCUGAUGACAAUAAUAAUGAUGAUGAUGUUGAUGAUGAAUAUUUUUGGAAUAGAUUAAAACAAAAACAAAAACACCGUGUUAAAUUUGAUUCUUGAUUUUAUUGUUUUAUGCAGAUAUUUUU